GUGGCUCAGAUAACAGCGCUGUACGCCCACCAAGACGGAAACUGUAGUCUGUACAACCAGCCGCGGCGUGGGACUCACAUUAAUUAGAGGUUUUCUCUCAAAGGAUUUGCGGCUGUAAGAGAUGAGAGCCUGGCAACUUUGGUUUCUGUGCUUCGUGGUGUUGAAUGCGGAUGCGCAAAAAGUGACUUCCCUGGAAGAAGAUCUCGCUGAUGCUGCGUUUGGCAACUUCCUUGACCCUCUGAAAGAUUUGUUUGACGAGGAUGAACAUCACUCGGCUAUCGCAAAAUUCUCCCUGCGUAAUCCGUCCCAUCCCGACGACGACCUCUGCUACAUUGUUCCCGGAAAACCAGAGACCCUGGCGGCCUGCGCCUUCAACAGCUCAUCCAAAACCUUCCUGGUGAUCCACGGAUGGACGCUGAGCGGUAUGUUUGAAAGCUGGAUGCCGAAGUUGGUGUCUGCGCUGUACGAGAGAGAGCGGACGGCCAACGUUGUUGUGGUGGACUGGCUGAGCUCGGCUCAGAACCACUAUGUGGUCGCAGUUCAGAAAACCAAAGCAGUGGGAAGAGAGAUUGCACGCUUCAUUGACUGGAUCGAGGAAACCACCAACCUGCCUCUUGACAAGCUGCACCUGAUCGGCUACAGCCUGGGGGCGCAUGUGGCUGGAUUUGCUGGCAACCAUGCCAGCAACAAAGUUGGACGGAUUACUGGUCUGGAUCCAGCUGGACCUGACUUUGAGGGCGAACACGCCCACAGGCGCCUCUCUCCAGAUGACGCCCACUUCGUGGACGUCCUCCACACCUACACUCGGGGUUCUCUGGGUCUCAGCAUCGGGAUACAGCAACCCAUCGGCCAUGUGGACAUCUACCCCAACGGGGGCAGCUUCCAGCCGGGCUGCAACAUGAGGGGCGCCUUGGAGAAAAUCGCUAACUUUGGGAUAUUUGCCAUCAAUGAUGCGGUGAAGUGCGAACAUGAACGCUCCAUCCAUCUUUUCAUCGACUCCCUGCUGAACGAGCAGGAACCUGCCAAGGCCUACCAGUGCGGCAGCAACGACGUGUUCGACCGCGGCAUGUGUCUGAGCUGUCGCAAGGGCCGCUGCAACACUGUCGGCUACAGCACAAGCCAAAUCCGCAGGCCACACAGCAUUCAGAUGUACACCAAGACACGAGCUUCCAUGCCUUUCAGAGUUUACCAUUACCAGCUGAAGAUCCACUUCUCCAGUAAAGUGAACAUGUCAGAGAUGGAGCCGUCUCUCACCGCCUCUCUGUAUGGAACCAAAGGAGAGGCUGAAAACCUGGAGCUUAAGCUGAAGGAAAGACUUGAGACAAACAGGACACAUUCGUUUCUUCUGGUCACUGAAACGGAUAUCGGCGACCUGCUGAUGUUGAAGUUUAAGUGGACGGAGACAAACAGCUGGUCGGUGUCCAACCUCUUAAAGAUGGUUUCCUCUUGGUGGUCUGGGAACGCAGACGGUGUGGAGGUUCACAAAAUCCGUAUCAAAAGUGGCGAGACGCAACAAAAGAUGGUUUUCUGUUUGAAAGACCCCGAUGCCCACAGCGCACAUUUGGUCACAUUUGUUAAAUGUAAAGAUGAAUGGAGAAUGAAACGUAAACCAAUUUCAAAGAGAGUAACUCUGAAGAAUGACUGACAAUAAGGAAAAUAUGUUGAUAAAUGUUUAAAAUCUUACCAAUUAGGACAUAAUUUAUACACUAUUUGUAUCUUCCAGAUAUAAAAAACCUUUGUACAUAUCCAUAGAUGUUGUGUAAUUCAUGUAAAUGCUGUAAAAUAUCUUGCGAAAAGCAGUUUUUUUAUGAUGCAUAACUAUUGUCAAUGAAAUAAAGUAAGUUAUUUAUGGUACUCUUACACCUUGAUGCACAGCAGUGGUAUAAUUUGAAUUCGAAACAUUUCUUUACUGUUCAGGCCUGACUAUACAUCCUAAACUAAUAUCUUUGUUUUAGAAAACAAUUGGGAAAGACUCGUAGUGGCUGAUAAAACCUAAUCAGUGUGGAUGUUUAUAUGUCCAAGGACUUAAGAGGUUAUUUUUAUGGGUCAUAGACAGAUGGAAAAACAUGGUUGUUUGGUGUAAAGAGGGUAAAGGUUGUAAGUUUUCAAAUGGAAACUUACAAGCUUGGACGUACUUUAAAGGAUCACUCAAGUUGAGCUGUCUGACUGGAUUUACCAGGUUGGAUCUGCAGGUAGUAAUGCCAUAAAAUAUAUAGAUGCAGAAACCAUAAAAAAAAAAAAGGCGGCAGGCUCCCGUCUCUAAAGUUAGGGGGAAA